AUGAGUGUGGAAAUUCCUCGAGUAGUGGUGCCAGGACAACCAAUUGUCCCAGAAUUCGAUACCGCCUCUCAUAGUGCUGACCAUACCAUCACCCAGGCAAGAAAAUACUUAUCGGGUCCAGGAACCACUCUUUCGAAAAUUCCUACCGGGCCAAACGAGGAAGUAAAUGCUAUUGUUGCCACUCUUAAGGGUAAAACCGUGAUCUCUCCUAAAUCAAAAGAUAAGACCUCUUCAGCCUCGAAAGAUGAGCUACCGGUGAAUGAAUUUCUUGUUAGUGUGGUGAAUCACCAGACCCCAAGGGUUCCAUUACCAAAAGAAGGCGAUUACGUGCUUUGUCGGGUGAUGAAAUUAACAUCACGUCAAGCGUUUGUGGAGAUUCUUAGCGUUGAUAACCAAUCUUCGAUCCUCGCAGAUUCCGGGGUUGGGUCAAAUGGGAGUUUGGGGAUGGCCGGAGGCACAUCACUCGUGGCCAAUGUUAGUAGUGGAUCAGUGGCUGGGACUUCGGUGUUUUCACAAGCAGUGGGGGCCACCAAUGCUUCGCUUGGAGCCCAUCCUGCAGAUUUAGGAGAAAGUUUCCGUGGGUUGAUCAGAGUUCAAGAUAUUAGAGCCACAGAGCGUGAUAAGACCCAAGUGGUGGAAAGUUUCAUGCCAGGGGACAUUGUCAGGGCAGAAGUUAUUAAUAUCGGUGAUGGGGCGAGUUAUUAUUUGAGUACCGCGAAAAACGAGUUGGGAGUGGUGUUGAGUAGAUCCCAUGGGGGUAGAGGGGACAUGCUAUAUCCUUUGGAUUAUGAAACUAUGGUGAGUGUCAGUGGUCAUAUUGAGAAACGUAAAGUUGCCAAACCAUUUUGA